AUGGGAUUUACGGACGUGAUUAAAUCAUGCUGGGUCACGACACUAUUUGGAGUUGUUCUUCUUCUAGCUGGAUCAUGUGUUCUGAUUUACAAUGAGGGGCGUACUAUACGCAUUCUUCUUUCGUUAGACGAAGCUUUCAAUGAUGCGGUAACUGUGAGCUCUGAUAAUCCGUAUGAAAAACAAUUCGAAGGGCGUUUGAUUCAUCUUAAUGGAGCCUUGCUGACGGGAGAACCGCUUACGGAACCGGACUACAACAUUCAAGUGCAAGCGGUCAAGCUCAAGCGUCGCGUCCAAAUGUACCAGUGGAUCGAGGAAACGGUCGAGCAUCGUUUUGGAGAGUCGGUGGCAACAGAGGAAGUUGAUGAUCGAUCCUACUUCUACACCAAAGACUGGCGAGACGUACUGAUCGAUUCCCGCAGCUUCUACAUACGCCAUGGUCAUCACAAUCCGACAACGUUCCCACUCGACUCGACCAUACAUGUAUCGGAGCAUGUGCACAUUGGCCCGUACGAGCUGGGCGAUGCGGCCAAGGACCGUUUCAAAACGUUUCAGGAGGUCACAUCCGACACCCGGCCCGAAGAUCCAUCGGUUAAAAUGCAUUCAGGGCUUUACUAUCACUGCAACGAUAUCUGGAACCCGGAGGUUGGGGAUAUAAGGAUACAAUUUGCAUACGCCGGCUUGGAAGGUUCCUAUGUUACCGUUGUUGGCAAGCUGGAAAACGGAAAGAUUGUGCCGUACGAAUCGACCCAUUCCAGGAGGGUUCUACUGUUGGAAACCGGCGAGCAUCACCUACAUGAGAUAUUCCGUCUCGAGCAUCAUCAGCAGCGCUUGACGGCGUGGGGCGUACGUUUCAUCGGUUGGGUGUUACUGUUUUUCUCCACCAUCUGCUGCGGGACGAUUUUGAGGCACCUGGCAAGGGAGCGCCGGUUCUUGAGGAUCUUCGUUCCGCAGUCCCAUUUUUCGCUAUCAACUAACAUAACAACCUCACUGUCCGUGGCAUUGGUCAUUGUAUCGAUUGCGUGGAUUGUCCACCGACCGUGGCUUGGUGGUGGGCUUCUGUUCGCCGCUAUGUCUCCAUUUUUGUACUGCGCCCGUGGACUCGUAGGUAGUUAUCAACGAAUUGACUGAUGGAAGAGAAGUGGCAGUUAGUGACCUCACGGUUUUUAGACAAAGUAGUGAAUUGAUUAUUUUUUUACUGUGUGAUAUUAACAUGGCAAGUCCAUUGUAAACCAGACGAAAGUUUCUCGUAAUUUAAACGGUUUUACAAUUCUUACAAUAAACUAAUUUAUUUCUUUCU